UGUUAUACCAAAAGUUCAGUGGGGGUUGAAUAACACCCUAAAUAAAGGUACUGGAAAAACUGCUUCGGAAAUUUUGUUUGGUGUUAACCUUACCGGAAAAUGUGAUGGAAUAAUGAAUGCAACAGUAUCUGAAUCCCAGGAACCUGUAGACAGAGAAUUGAUUAGAAAUGAAGCUAGUAGGACAAUAGAAAAAGGCCAGCACAUAAACAAAGAGCGCUUCGAUAAGCAUAGAAAAGAAGCGCGGAAAUAUAAGGUAGGGGAUUUAGUCAGAGUAGAACGGGAUUUACCAGGACAACCUGGUCAAAGUAAAAAGCUUUUGGUGAAAUGUAGUGGACCCUAUAGAGUAUCUAAGGUAUUAGAAAAUGAUCGUUAUGAAGUCAUAGAUACCCCCAUAUCAAGGAAGGACGGAAAGGCUGCUUAUAAAAAUGUAUUUUCUGUGGAUAAAAUACAUCCUUGGUUAGUUUAUGCAAGUGAUCCCCUGGCAACAGAUUCUGAAAAUGAUAGUGACAAUUUGGAAAUGAAUGAAAGUGAAAAUAAAUAGUAAUAACAAAAUUGUAAGUCGUUAGAAUAAUUAUUUUGUGAGAAUAUUAUCGUUAAGUUACUCCUGGUAAAUAUACCAACAGAUUGUUUUGAGAUAACGUAACUUUAGCUGAUACAUUAAAAAGAAAGAAAAAAAAUUAAUUCUUGUGAUAUUAUGCGUAUAUUCUAGAAGAAUAUCAAGUCGCUGACUAGUCCUCUUUGUAUUUAAUGUUUUAACGUGAAUUCCUCUGAUUAAUUAAAUAUCCUACUAAUUACUAAGUACUCUAUCUUUGUAAUAGAGGUUA